AUGUCUGCCAACAAGAAGAUCACCGCCUCCGACCUCGGCCUUCAUCUCACCCUCGCCCAGCCCAGUGAAGCCAGCAGUGAGUAUUUCAAAUGGUUUCUCGCCUGCCUCCUCUUCGGCAAACCUGUACAACAAGAAGUGGCCAAACGCGCCUACUUCGAACUAAUCCACGACAAUAUCACCUCUCCCGAAGCAGUUCUCGAUGCCGGCUGGGACAAGCUCGUUGAGAUGUUGGAUAGGGGCCACUAUGUCCGCCAUGACUUCUCUACGGCGACGAAGUUGCUAGAUGUCUCUACUGGAAUUAAGGAAGAGUAUGGGUCCUUUGGACAGUUGGUUGAAGGUGCAGGGUCUAGAGAGGAGUUGGAGAAGCGGCUGCAGUCUUUUAGGGGGGUAGGGCCAAAGACAGUGGAGAUAUUUUUGAGGGAUAUGGAGCCUGUUUUGGGUAUUUAG